UUUCAGAUCCGCGCGAAAGUCUUUACUGUCGCUAACUUCACACUGCAUGCCCCUACCCUCUCUAGUUCCUAUGUACGCACAAUGGUUGAGACCCUAUGUUUUAGAAGCUUUUCAAGCCUGGUUUCUUCGCACGUUGAUGGAAACACUAAGCAUUGCCGAGCAGGAAAUCGGAGGUGCCCAGUGCGCACGCUCUGGUGCUAAAAGCCCCAAAUAGUCAAACCUGGCUGCCUCCAUGAAUUGGCUUCGUGCGCCAUUGAGCAGCUCCCAUAGGAAGCCAUGGAACCGUCUUAUCCUUCAGAUGGUGUCCUGGCUCAGUGUUGCCCCCUCUGUCCUGGAGGUCUGUGUGCGGUCUACUUCUUACACAGACCAGCUGAAGACCCUUCUCAGAGGAGUGCAAGCUGACCUCUAUGUCCAGCUCUCCUGCUCAAAGAGUGGUGGAUUCAAUCAAAAUGACAAACGCCAGCAGCCAAUCAGAAUCCAUAACUGACUGCAUGAAAUGUUUAGGCUCCACCUCUUCAGGUGAAGACAUAAAGGCAGAAUCCGUGAUGGACAGCUCAGAUUAUGUAGGGGUGGAGACGAGGUCAAGUUUGAACAGAUGUGGAGACGUAGAGGACAGGACAGAGAGGAAGACUGGGUAUCUGAUGAGCAGAGAGCAAAAUGACGUACUAACCAACAUGAAGGAGGAGGAGGAAGAUCGGGAGAGAGAGAGUGUGAAAAUGGGGAUGAAGGAUAGUGUGAGAGGUGAGGGAUGCAGGAAGGAGGAAGAAAAGGAGAGGUAUAAACAGAGGGAGAGACGUGAUACUAAAUUUUCACAAACUCACAAAAUGGUGAAGAAUGGAGUCAAAUCUGAACAUGGACAACAGGAAGUGGAGGUGCUGUCUCCUCUGGUGACUUCCUGUCUGCUAAAACAGCCUAGAGUGCUGAUUCGCCGACUUGAAAUUGGCAGUAGUUCAGUUCCUGUGGCAUCACCGCCUCAUCCAGUGGUCUGCACAAGAGGUCAUCGAGCGAGAUCUCCAUGGAGACGGCAUGAGCUCUCACCACUGAGAGGAAACGGAUCACUGAGACUGAAGGGUCAGGUCAUGACCCGGAAGAGGAAGACGAUUGGCCAGUUGGAGAGACCCCUGAAACUGCUGCCAUCUUCAUCAGAGAGCGGGAUCUGUGGUGAAGCCUACCUCAUUUCUCCUGUCAUCUCUCCCAGGAACCAAAACACAGCUUCACAUCUUCUCUCUUUCCUAUGAGCCUCACACCUCCACACCUUCCCUUUCCUCAGGACAAGCUGUUGAGAUGGCGUCUCAGGCCCUGGCCUGCUCCCAGUGCCCAUUCGUUCACGCACAGGAAGAGAAUCUUCAGCAGCACAUUGAGAAGGUUCACCCAGAAGAGCUCAGCAGGACUCUGGGGUCCCCACAACCUCCCAGCAGCACACAUCAGCACCCCACCCCGACACAGUCCCACACAGGCGCUCCAGGGGCCCAUACGUGCUCCUACUGUGGGAAGAGCUUCAAGUCAAAAUCGCUGCUGACGAGACACGAGAAAAUACACAAAAAAGACCGGCGGCAUCCGUGCCCCCAGUGCGGGAAGAGCUUCUACUAUUUAUACGAUCUGAAGGUACACCAGCGAGCUCACACAGACGAGCGCCCGUACCAGUGCUCCCAGUGCGGGACGAGCUUCAAAUCUAAAUCAAUGCUGACAAGACACGAGAAAAUACAUAAAAAAGAAUGUGCAUAUCCGUGCUCCCAGUGUGCGAAGAGCUUCUACUAUUUAUACGCUCUGAAGGUCCACCAGCGAUCUCACACAGACGAGCGCCCGCACCAGUGCUCCCAGUGUGAGAAGAGCUUCCGACAGUUAAGUGAUCUCAAGGAGCACCGGCGUACUCACACAGGUGAGCGGCCGUACCACUGCCCCCUGUGCGAGAAGAGUUUCAAACGCUCGUGUGAUCUGAGAGGGCACCUGCGAACUCACACAGGUGAGCGCCCGUACCACUGCUCCCAGUGUGGGAGAACCUUCAGCCGAUUGGGUGCUCUAAAAGAUCACCAGCAAACCCACACAGGUGAGCGCCCGUUCCAGUGCCCCCUGUGCGAGAAGAGCUUCAGACGCUCGUGUCAUCUGAGAGGACACCAGCGAACCCACACAGGUGAGCACCCGUACCACUGCUCCCAGUGUGGUAGAAGCUUUAGUCGGUUAGGUUCUCUGAGAGAACACCUGCGAACUCACACAGGUGAGCGCCCGUACCACUGCUCCCAGUGUGGGAGAAACUUUAUCCGGUUGGGUACGCUGAAAGAUCACCAGCAAACCCACACAGGUGAGCGCCCGUACCAGUGCUCCUUGUGCGGGAAGAGUUUUGUCCGCUUGAGUAUUUUGAAGGCGCACCAGAAAGCUCAUACAGGUGAGCGUCCGUACCACUGCUCCAAGUGUGGGAGGAGCUAUAAGACCUUAUGGAUUCUGCAGGAACACCAGCGAAUCCACACGGGGGAACGUCCGUACCAGUGCUCCCAGUGCGGGAAGCGUUUCGUUCGCUCGUGUCAUCUGAAUCGCCACCAGCGGACCCACACAGGGAAGCCGCCGCACCAGGGCCAGAAGACCUUCAGCAGGUCAGACGCACCGCAGCAACACCAGCAAGCGCACACAGACACCCUGGAGUCCCAUGAUCCCCUGGGGCUCCACGCUGAAUGGGAAACGGGGGGCUCUCACCUUGAUCCAGGGGUGCUGCAGGGUGUCAUCGAUCGUCAUCCUCUUCCUAAGAAAAAAACCGGAAAAAACAGAAACAGCUGACCUUUGACCUUCGACCAGUGAGAAUACGCCUCCGCAGCCAGCCGCCGGAUGAAGUCCUUGGCGAGUUCGCUGGUGCUGCCGAAGUACUCCUGGUCGAACUCGUAGCUGACGGCCGAGAUGUUGGCCAGCGUCUCCUGUUUGGAAUCGCCCAGGAAAGGGGAGGCUCCAC